ACAUGCAGGAGCUGUUGACAAGAGAACAGUAUAACCAAGUCCAAAUCCAAGAGAAGCCUGUGGCCUCAGCAACUCACAGACAUCAGCACCCAAGCCAAAACCCUGCCAAGAAGGUGCCCAAAGGAAAGGCAGAUAGCAGCAGGCAGAAGGAUCAAAUCAAAGCUAAUGCAAAAUCAGUGAAAACACCCAACAAAAAGACAGAGAAGAACAAGAAGAACAUCCUGAAAACGUCAAAUGGCAUCUCGGAAGGAGGACAAUACAACUCCAUAAAAGUGGAAUGCCCUCCCAUGGGACUGGAGACACUGAAGAUUGAUGAUUUCCAGCUUCAUGCUUCAACUACGAAACGUUACGGCCUUGGUGCACACAGAGGUCGUCUUAAUAUUCAGGCUGGCCUUCAUGAAGAUGACCUCUAUGAUGGCGCCUGGUGCGCUGGAAGGAAUGACCCACUGCAGUGGUUCGAGGUGGACGCCAGGAGGCUGACAAAGUUCACAGGGGUCAUCACACAAGGCAGGAGCUCCCUCUGGUCGAGUGACUGGGUGACCUCAUACAAGGUCAUGCUGAGCAAUGACACUCAUACCUGGGUAACAGUGAAGAACGGCUCAGAAGACUUGAUCUUCCCUGCCAACAGAGAAAAGGAGAUCCCUGUCCGGAACAUCUUCCCAGAACCAGUGGUCGCCCGGUACAUUCGAGUCAACCCUUGCUCUUGGUUUAAUAGAGGCAGUAUCUGUAUGAGAGUGGAGAUCCUUGGCUGUCCUAUGUCAGAUCCACACAAUUAUUACCACAGACGCAAUGAAGUCAUUACAACAGAUGACUUGGAUUUCAGACACCACAGCUACAAAGAAAUGAGACAGCUUAUGAAAGUGGUUAAUGAAAUGUGCCCCAACAUCACCCGGAUCUAUAACAUAGGAAAGAGUCAGAGUGGCCUCAAGCUGUACGCCAUAGAGAUUUCUGACAACCCAGGAGAACAUGAACUUGGUGAACCAGAGUUUCGUUACACAGCAGGUUCCCAUGGUAAUGAGGUGCUUGGACGAGAGCUGCUUCUCCUGCUGAUGGAGUUCAUGUGUGUGGAGUAUCUGUCUGGCAACCAGCGGAUACGUCACCUGGUGGAGGAGACCAGAAUCCAUCUAUUGCCAUCUGUCAACCCUGAUGGGUAUGAGAAAGCCUUUGAAGUGGGUUCAGAGCUUAGUGGCUGGUCUCUGGGUCGAUGGAGCAAUAAUGGAAUAGAUAUUCAUCAUAACUUCCCUGAUCUCAACUCCAUACUGUGGGAAGCUGAGGCCAAGAAGUGGAUCUCUCGCAAAAUGUUCAAUCAUCAUGUGCCCAUCCCAGAGUGGUACCAGUCCAACAAUGCCUCAGUUGCUGUGGAGACACGGGCUCUGAUAGCAUGGAUGGAAAAGAUACCCUUUGUACUGGGUGGUAACCUCCAAGGAGGGGAGCUGGUGGUGACCUUCCCAUAUGACAAAACUCGCUCCCAAGGGGUCAUCAGGGAGCAGACCCCUACCCCAGAUGACCAUGUCUUCCGCUGGCUGGCCUUCUCCUAUGCCUCCACCCACCGACUAAUGACUGAUGCCAACCGACGGGCCUGCCACACAGAAGACAUUGCCAAGGAGGAUGGCACCAUCAACGGAGCGUCCUGGCACACUGCACCUGGCAGUAUGAGUGAUUUCAGCUAUUUGCACACCAACUGCUUCGAGUUGUCCAUGUACGUGGGCUGCGACAAAUUCCCUCAUGAGAGCGAACUGCCUGAGGAGUGGGAGAACAAUCGCGAGUCUCUUCUUGUUUUCAUGGAGCAGGUGCAUCGUGGGAUCAAAGGUGUAGUGAGGGACCUGGAAGGUCAUGGAAUAGCUAAUGCCAUCAUCUCUGUGGAGGGCAUCGGCCAUGAUAUUCGCACAGCCGCAGACCUGGACAUUUACUGGUUGCAUUUUGGGAAAUGUAGAGUAACGGCCAGGGCCGAGGGCUACAGCCUCAUCAGCAAGAAGUGCGAAGUGGGCUACGAGAUGGGUGCCACCAGGUGCGACUUCACCAUCAGCCGCACCAACCUGUCACGAAUCAAAGAAAUAAUGGAAAAAUUCAAUAAGCAACCCAUCAGAUUGCCCGCCAGGGCGCUCCAAGCUCGCAGGCACAGGCAAAGACGUCUGGGAACAUAAUGACUGUAUAUAUGAAAGCCUGAGAAAGAAUUAAAAACAAGCACAUGCUCUGAUCAAACUGGGGUGAGGUCCAAGCCUCCAGGUUUCAGAUUCCUCCAGUUUACUGUCAAUGGAAUUAACGUUUGAGGAUGGGUGUUAAUUUAAAUGGGAUGUUUUAUUUUGGUGUUUGGAUUUGUUUUGUCCCCAGGCAUAAGCUCUCACUGUGCUCACUGUUGUCAUCUUAACUUCUCUUGAUAUCCACGGAAAACAUUUCAAUAUUUGACUCUGUCUGAGUUUUCUUAUGACCCCUUUCGUAAUUUACAAAAAUAUUAAGAUAUGUGCCAUCAUGAUGUAUUGUGGACAACAGAAUAUAGUCACAUUAGAACAUUUUGUUACACAAAAGAAGGCUGAAAUACAAACUACAAGCUAUAAAUCUGUAUUAGCAUCUCAUAUUAGCCGCUGACAAUGGCCUUGACUGUCAUUAUGUACAUACUUAUGUAACAUAGUUAGAUGAACUAUUACAAAAGCUUUAUUACCUACUCUUGUACAAUCUUUAGUGGUUAAAAAAACGUGGAUUCAGUGACUAUUUGUCAUUGAUUAGUUUUUUGUUAACUUCAGCAAGUAUUCAAUAAAGACUAUGUUUAC